AUGAAUAGUGGAGUUUGUGUGAAGGGAAGUUGCUAUGAUAAUAAUGAACGUGAUUAUUAUGGAAUGCUUAAAGAAGUUGUUCGGCUCAAAUACUUGGGGAGUAAGUGCAAGUUAUUUAUGUUUAAAUGUAAUUGGUAUGAUACAAAGCGAGGGAUUAGGGUACAUCGUUCGAAUGGUUUGGUUGAAAUCAAGCAUACAUCUCGACUACAUGGAAAUGAAGAUUUUGUUCUAGCACAACAAUGUCAACAAGUCUACUAUACAUAUCCGCCUGGUAAUAAAUCAUCUGAAUGGUGGACGGUUAUUAAGACUACUGCUAGAAGUCGUUAUAAUGUUGACAUGGGUGAAUUUAUUGAAGAUGCCAACAAUGUGCGAUCAUUUGAUGUUGAUCAAUCAGAUGAGAUUUAUCAACCAUGUCGUGUCCUUCCUACCCAAACACUUGAUGAUCAAAAUAUACUUGUUGAAUCAUCUUAUUAUGAAGAAAUCAGUCAACAUGAAUUGCUUCAACUUGACAUAAAUUGGGGAAACAAUGAAGAAGAAGAAGAACAAGAAGAUGAUGAUGAUGAUGGCAAUGACGAUGGCGAUGGUGAUGGUGAUGGCGAUGAUUCUUAUAGUGGUGGUGAUGACAACGAUGAAAACAUGGUUUUGUGUGAUAAUGAUGACAUGGAACAAACAUUAAGCAUGCCUCGACGAGGAUCCAUAUUAGAUUCUAGGAGUGAUAGGUCCACUUCAAGGAGUGACAGGUCCACUUCAUCCAAAUCAUUUCAAACUACAUCAAGGCAUAAUAACAAAGGAUCUACAUUUCAGCAACUUGUGUAUCAAAAUGCAAAUGAGUGUUAUAUACCUACUUUGGGGAGUACACAUCCUCCUCAAUGUGAUUAUGGGAGGGUUGAAGCAUAUCAAUUUUGUGAGGGCUUUCGCUUCCAAGAUUUGCUUCAAACUCAAGGAGGUUUCCCUCGAGAUAACCAACUUAUUUAUGGAGGACAUAAUUCAUAUAGGAGUUAUGGGAGAGUUGAUGGUGAUGGUGAUGAUGUGAACAUUAGAGAUGAAGAUGAGGGAGACGGUAGUAAUGAGAGAGGUGUAUGUGAUGAGAAUGCAGAUGGUGUGCCAUUAAACCACGGUUCAACAUCUUCUCCAUACAAUUAUGAUCAAAAUGUUAAAAGGAAGGGUUUUGACACACCAAUGGAUCCAAUUACAAGAAAAAAAGAGCUUUGUUUAUAUGGAACAACAGAGUUCAAUAACGCAUCGUGUGGACGUGCAAUCGGAGAUAUUUUGAGGUCCAAUUUUAAAGGAGCAUGGCACUCUUUGGAAAAAAUAGAUUCAAUGUGCAGGGAUGAACUCUUUAAAGAGUUUAAGAAAAAAUAUUCCUUUCCUGAGGAAGAUGAGUCGAUUGUUCGUAAUAUUUGGGAAGAUAAGGCUAGGAUAGCUUUGAAUCAGCAAUUGACACGAGCUCGCAAGAAAGCCAUGUCAAAAGAAAACACUACAAAUAUUAUAGAUUGCCUUGAUAAAGGUCCUGCUUGGAUAAACAAUGAUGACUGGAAUCAAAUGAUCAAAGAUGUUUGGUCCACCCCUGAAUUUCAAAGGAGGUCUGAAUCUGCUAAGAGGAAUCGAUUAACCAAAACAGAUGGUAAAAUAAGCACUCAUUCUGGAGGAACAGUGUCAUUUGCAUCAUAUCGAGCUAACAUGCAAGAGGAAGCUGGUGGAAAAGAACCUCCAUGGGAUGAUGUCUUUUCAGCUUUGCAUCAGAGUACUAAGCAGUCUGGUAGCUUCGUCGACAACAAGUCUAAAAAAGUGGUUGAGAAUUAUAAAAAGGAGAUGAUUUCAAAGUAUGGAACUAAUCGAGAAAAUCAUCCUUCAUUUGAUGGAGCAGCUUGGUGUGUGGCUUCAGGAGGAGUUAUAAAGGGUAGGGUAUAUGGUGCACCUCGUAUGCCAAAAUCUAUAGUUAGUACAAGUUCUUCAUCACAUUCCUACUCGGUGGAGUCAUCAUAUCCCAGUUCAUCGUAUCGAGCGUUGCAACAAGCGAUAAAGGAUAAAGAAGAGGAGAUAAAGAAAAAAGAUGAUUUUAUUCUUGAAAUGAAACGGCAGAUGGAUUCUAUGCAAGAAUAUCUUGUGAACAAUCUUGGAUACAAUGAUGGGACAUCAAAUAUUGAUCAAGGUAUGCCACCAUCUUUGACUCCAGCAAUAUCGCCACCUAUGGCUCCUCAGAUAAUGACAUCUAUGGGACCCACAUCUCAACCAAUUUUUCGACCUACACCUCGACCUUUAUAUCCUGAUCAAUCUUGUAUCGAUCCACAAUAUCAUGGUUCGUCUUCGCAACCGGCACCAUGA